CCUUUUUCGCAGGAAUCCUUGUGUGUAAAAUGCAAAAUGUGUAAAUUUAUGUCCUUCUCAGAUUAAUUCGUCUUAUUGCAAGCAUUUUCUGAGAGUGAACGAAAAGUGUGGCACUAUAGGCGAAGAUGCAUCGGCUGAGAUGCUUCCAGGAAAAGGGCAUCGUGUUUCAGUGGUGGUGAAGGGUUACUCAGUUCGCGAAGAAGUGCUAAAAGGGUGUUCCUUCGUCGUCCGUAUGUAGUGUCAAUUCAAUUAUAGUGCAAGAUUUGGAAUCGAGGAAUCGCUAAAACUGUGCGACGAAGCAACCCACGGGUUGUUCCUGCGAUUGUGCUUUUGUGCGCGUGUGUGGCGUGUGCAAAGAAAUCGGUGCAAAGAUUGCUGGAAGGUGCCGUGGCAAAGGAAAGAAUCUCAUUUCGCGCCCCUCCUGAAGGGCUUUCAAGUCCACUUUAUGCGCUGAAGCAAAUUCGCGAACGGCAGAGAACCAUCCAUCGUCGUUUCCACCGUCCAGUAUGGAAGCGAAAAAUGGCAAAUCCGGUCCAACAACCAUGUCGCAGACUACGGGCGGCGGUGGUGGAGGCGGAGGAAUCACGGCGAUGAAGAACGGAAUGAAAGACAACUUGAACGGUCCUCGGGUGGUCACAAUCUACAAGACGGAAACCGGUUUUGGGUUUAAUGUCCGCGGACAAGUAAGCGAGGGAGGGCAACUACGAUCAAUCAACGGGGAGCUCUAUGCACCAUUGCAGCACGUCAGCGCCGUCUUGGAUAACGGGGCCGCGGAGCAAGCCGGCAUCAAGAAAGGCGACAGGAUUCUGGAAGUCAAUCACGUAAAUGUGGAAGGGGCCACCCACAAGCAGGUGGUAGAUCUCAUCAAAUCCGGCGGCGAUACGCUUACGUUGACCGUCAUUUCAGUCACACAGCAGGAAGCGGAACGCCUAGAGCCUACGGAAGAUCCGGGCGGAUACUCGUACAUUGACUACUCCGAGAAGCGCAGCUUGCCGAUCAGCAUUCCCGACUAUAACAUCAUUCACCGGGGCAAUGAACGAUACGUUGUGUUCAACAUCCACAUGGCGGGCCGGCAGCUGUGCUCGCGCCGAUAUCGCGAGUUCUCGAAUCUUCACCAGCACCUGAAGAAGGAGUUUUCGGGCUUCAACUUUCCGAAGAUGCCCGGCAAGUGGCCAUUCCAACUAAAUGAGCAACAGCUGGAUGCGCGGAGACGCGGGCUGGAGCAGUACCUGGAAAAGGUAUGCGCCGUGCGGGUGAUCGCCGAGUGUGACGCCGUGCAGGAGUUCCUCACGGAUUCGGCCGACGACGUGGCGGCUUCACCGGUCGACAUAAAGAUUAUGCUGCCGGACCACGCCGUGGUGACCGUGUCGGUGCGGAAAUCUGCCAACGCGCAGCUGGUGUGGGAACAGCUAGUGCAGCGGGCCAACCUGACCUCGUACACCCAGCAGUACUUUUAUCUCUUUGAAAUCGUCGAGUACAACUUCGAGCGCAAGUUGCAACCCCACGAAAUCCCCCAUCAGUUGUACGUGCAGAACUACAGUACCGCCUCCAGCACCUGUCUGUGCGUGAGACGAUGGUUGUUUUCGAUUGAACGAGAAGUGUCCCUUCCGGUCGGAGAGCAGGCGGCCAAGUUUAUCUUCUACCAGGCCGUCGAUGAGGUAAAUCGUAGCAAUAUCCGAGCGGACGGACGGCUGUACGAGCUGAAGGCGCUGCAGGACUCGAAGAAGGCGGACGAAUAUCUGUCGCUGGCGCGAACCCUUCCCGGUUACGGUGAUAUAGUGUUUCCGCACUGUGCGUGCGACAGUCGCAAGGAAGGGCAUGUGGUGCCGGCGGUGGGUAUGAAAAGUUUCCGAUUACACGCUUGCCGUGAGGAUGGCGCAUUGGAGGCCCAGACGGUCGAGCUGCAGUGGGCCACGAUUUCGCGAUGGGAAAGUGACGAAGAGUCGAUGGCAUUUUGCUUCCAGUACAGUCGUUCGGAUAAACCGCCCCGAUGGGUAAAAGUGUUUACGCCAUACCAUGCAUUCCUUGCUGACUGUUUCGAUAGGAUAAUGGAAGAGCGAGCCUGGGAUGACACAGGAGAGUAAGGUCCUCCGCCCGGUGGGGGAUUUUGUUUCGCAAACUUUGCGUAGAAAGGCCACUAAUCGGUGCAAAUGAGAUCAUGGAGCGGCCCGUGAGAAUGAAGAGUCAUCUAAAGAGUGAAACAAUUGCACGCCGCUUAAACUGUUCGGUGUCGGUAUGGUGGAAAAGAAAAUUGUUAUUGCAUUGAUUACCGAACGGGAUGAACGAACUCAAAACACUAUUGCGGAACAAAAUUAGAAACAAAAAGAAUCUGGUGAGCAUUGCACCAAUAGAGAUCGCGGUUCCCCAGAUGUUGUUAUGAUAAUUGAUAGCCAAGUGAGUAUUUUGAGAAACCUACUUCUGCUGCUUACCGUGUUGCAACAAAACCAAGAGCAUUCCAAAAGAGGGCUGCACGCAAGAGGGAAUAUCACUGCGGAUACAUAACGGAUGUACCGCGAUUAGAGUAGAGAAACAGUAGCGACUGACCGGUGGCAAUGCAAAUCGUCUGAUUGGACCAUUCAAACACUUUUCUCGAAAUAGUGAAACGAUAGCUCUCUCACUCUCUGUAGCCACUAUUUGUUUUUAGUAGAAUCAUUCAACACUCACAUUGUCUCAUAAAUUACAAACCCAUGUUCUCCCAGUUCCUCGCACCGACCAACUGCAUACUAACAUAGUCAUGCUUCAGUCUUCAGUGAAUCCUUCCGCAGCGCCACAGGUACUGGAGGCAAGUGGCCAGGAUGGAUGCCUUGGAGCGUACGUCUCUGCGAAAUUUGUUCAAACAUCCACCACCUUCUACGUGUGUUGUCGACUUGGGGGGAUUUAUGAGUUUAUAAUUUAAUUUUCUGUGAUACGGUCUCUUCUCUUUCCAAGAAAAGGUCUAUGUUUGCAGAGUACGCGUAAGAAAAAGGCAUAUCAUAAGGAGGUGGCCAUUAAGUAAACCCUGCUUGCAACGGAUUCACUGUAGAGUGUGAUAAGAAUUAACAAAAAAAAAUCACCCAUUCGGCCGUACAUGAUGUCAUUAGCUUUGACGUAGUGACUAGAAAAUCCUGCAUAGUAUUACUAGUUUGUCUAUUAAGCGUAGAGUAAAGGUUAGGAAAAUUUGCUCCGGCGACCUGCGGACACCAAGCAGCACAUUCCAAUUCGAUUAUGUUUUUGGUCAAUUGGAAAUUGGGAAUAAAAGUGCCGAACUGUGGCACUGUGCUAUCUGCUGCCACGAUUGUUUGCAGCAUUACUGACACAUGCGACACAUGCAUGGGGAUGAACUUAAAAUAGGAAAAGAAGAUAGGCCAAACGACCGGCAAUGACUAACAAGGGGAGAAUUGGAAAAAGAUGAUCGAUGAUUUUCCGCUUGAAAUUCCUGCUUUGAACACCGAACUUAGUAUCUCAAUCUGUUUAAGACAAUUAAAACACCAACAAUAUCUUAUGGAUGGUUGGAAAUGUGCACCGAUAACGAUGAUAUUCGUAUGUAUUAAAUAAACACCCGUUUGUGGCUCCAAGCGAAGAAGACGUGAAACUAGUUCGAACAUGUACAUAACUUAAAUCCUUCACAUGAACAGAGAGCGGAAUGGAGAACAACGAUUCGUGGAAAUGGAAUGAUUUCAAUGGCUCGUUACGACUCAUACUGAAUACCCACAAUUACUUGUUCGACAGCGAAGGACGAGCAGAUGGACCGAUUGAAGUGACCCAAAUUUGAGACUCGAUGCGAUUGGAGUCACUGAAAGAUUACCCUUUCGCCACUCCUUUUCAAUGGCAUGGCCCCAAAGCAAAACAGAGCGCUCCCACCAAUUGCGUGUAGAGUGACCCGCGGAUAAGUAUGGUGUUAGCGUAACCGGCUUUGUCGGGUUUAAGGUAUGACUUACGCGAAUCUUGCAAGAUACUGUGAGAGAGAUAGAAAGAGAGAUACUUUGCAUGCGGUUUAUGCUCCGAUCCGAUCCCCCGAUCUCCCCGAUGGUCCAGGGAAUUAUGUUAGAUAAGUCAAUACGAAACAAUGGUAGUUGCAAUGGUUAAAACACUUUAAAAAUCGAAAAUGCCCCGAUGAAACCUGACACACAUACAUAGAUUAUAACGAAGGCAUUCGACUAAGCAUUAUUACACGCAAAAGAUCAUAAUUUAUUAUAUUUCAAAGUGAUACUAUAUAAAAUUUUAAAGUGAUGCUA